GUAAUCGAUAGAGCAGAAGCGGCUGCAUCCCAGUCCGUGCGCUGCCAGAUGGCAUCCAGUCAUCCCCCGACUCCUCCAGACACCCCACCUACCCUCCCUCUAUACACUAAGGUGGCAAAUGUAUCUCCAAAGGUGGUCAACACAUCUCCGACACAAACGGUACCCAAACAGCCCAGCUUCCCGAGAGAAGCUAUACCUCCAAAGCCGCUCGACAUGCCUAUCACACCCAUGGGCUCCAUGAAUGGCCCCUCUUCGAAGAAACACUCUAACCUGCCCGGCCCCAUCUUGGCAUCACCGCUACCACCAAAAUCGGAGCCGCCAAAUCGGACUCUCAUCCGUCAAGACACUAUCUUUGUCUAUCCCAGGAAAGGAAUCGAGCUCAUAUUGUGCCUGGCAGAUCGUCAGGAGGAGAUAUGUGUCAGCUCGCACGGAAAGAGGCUAUCGAUCAGGAGCCUCAAAGAGGGUGCGGCGACAGCUCCCAAGCAGAUUAUUUUAGAGCACAGCAGCAAAUGGGGAAAGGGCGAAAGAAGGGAAUGGGAAAGGGUGCGGAAACUGGUCGAGGUCUACAAACGCCAGACUCCCCAGGCCAAGUUGUAUCACGCCCUGGGCAACAUCACCGUCACCUGCUCCUCCCCUCCAGACAUCAUCCUAUCAUUCCAGUUGACUCCUCUGCGAACGCCCGCCUCCAGAGCUGCGGUGGCAGAUGCCCGGGUGCGCGUGACAUACUCGCGUAUCGCACGCGAGUUGAGGGUUGAUACAUCCUCUAUCAAGCCAUCAAAGACCGGACAAGGCACCAAGGGGAGCUAUGAAAAGCUGAGGACCAAGAGGAUUCUCUCGUUGCGAUCCGAUGGGACUGUUGAUAGCAUGGAAAAGAAAGGCAGUACGAAAGACUGGCGGCCAGAGGAGAUGGAAGGUCUCAAGAGGCUCUGGAAUAGCAUGGAAGCCUGGAACAGAUGGGAAGGAGCGGGCAGUGGACCUGGUUAAUGCAUCCCAGAUGCAUCCAAAUGUCAG